AUGAAAUUUCCUUCUCCUUACGAGCACAUUCUCCCCGAAGAUAUUCCAUGUACAUGGCCUCCACAACCACCAGACAAUACAAAAUUAAAUGAUCGAAUAAGAGGAUCAAUGUUGGGUCUUGCCAUAGGAGAUGCGCUCGGAGCCAGCGUGGAAUUUAGAUCUUAUGAAUAUCUUCUCGCACACCCCGUCCACAAUAUGCAGUCUGGAGGUACUUGGGGUCUACAGGCAGGCCAAUGGACCGAUGAUACCUCGAUGGCUUUGUGUCUUGCCUCAUCACUCAUCACCAAACGAAAUUUUGAUCCUUAUAACCAAAUGGUUCGCUACAAAUGGUGGUAUAAAUAUGGAUUCCUUGCAUCGACAGGGCAUUGUUUUGAUAUUGGGAAAGCCACUCGUCAGGCUCUUGAUGAGUUCUCGCGACGUCAGCACAUACUAAAGUCUACUUUUGGCUUACGCACCGAAAUUGAAGUUGAUCAUCUGUCAUUUCAACAAGUGAAACAAGUACCCAAGUUCGAUGUAAAUUGUAGUCAACCAAAUGUUGCCGGAAAUGGGGCUCUAAUGCGUCUAGCACCAGUACCGCUCUAUUUCUUUCGAAAUCCUGUACUGGCCGUCGAACUCUCUGGUCAAAGUGCUCGUCUGACUCAUGGAAGUCAGAAAGCAAUCGAUGCAUGCCGCUAUUACGGGGCUCUGAUCGUAGCAGCUCUUCGUGGUGAAAGAAAAGGGCAACUACUUAGUAGACAAUUUUAUAAUAACCAUAGAGCAUGGUUUGGCUCAAAGGGUCUCUGUAAGGAGGUACGCCAUGUAGCCUUUGGAUCAUAUAAAAAGCCAGGAGGCUAUGAAAUGGGUAUUCGAGGACGUGGUUAUGUUAUUAAUGCACUCGAGGCAGCUUUAUGGGCUUUUUGGAGUGAUCAAAACUCGUUCCAAAAUGGUGUUCUUGCUGCAGUCAAUCUUGGAGAUGAUACUGAUACUACAGCCGCUAUUUACGGGCAAUUAGCAGGUGCCUACUAUGGCACAACAAAUAUCUUACCAGAUUGGUUAGAACAACUCUAUGCAAAUGAUCUUAUCACUUGUAUUAGUGAUUGGCUAUACUAUUUGGGACAUAAAAGUAGUUUAGCAGUUAAGACUCCCAAUGAUAUGUUCUAUCGCAUAUCGACACGUUUGCAACAAAAACAUUUACUUCGUACUAUUAGUACGCAUGAUAGGGUGUUCGGUCCAGUAGUUUCUCGUCGAGUCAAUAAAAUCAAGAAGGCUUCUCCUCGUUCACACAUUUGUUGGUCACAACGUCAGAAGUGGAUGUCUAACAGAGGACUCGUAUAUCCUAAUUAUCAAUAA